AAUCUAGAAAAUUCUUAUCGAGUUAGAAUUGGGAUCGUUUUCACGUACCUAUAGUUUUCCUAUCACGACAAACAAGGAGUAAAGUCGAAGAUUUCAUUUCAUUUCGGGUUUUUAAAAAUUUUUAUAUUUGUUAUUGUUGUUGUUUUGAUUUUAAUUUUGUUUUGUUUCCACGCACUGAUUUCUCUGGAUGAAACUUUUUCCACUAAGAGCUGGUUCUUUCCCUUUUUUCCGUGCUGGUACAAGAUAUUUUGAUGUCAAAAGUGAUUCAAGAUGCUCGGCUCCGCACCAUUCUUAAGGCACAGUGUUGAGAUAAUGGAUAGUCUUACAGGCUGGGGACAUGUCUCUCACCGAACACUAUCAAAAUAGAAGAAAGAAGACUUCAGGUCACAGAAACCUCCAAGCUCGGCUCUCAAGUGGGAACAGUUAUGCUUAUCUAUAGCUUUCCUAUAUGGACAAAGAAGAAGUAAAAUCAGGGAUUUUUUAGUCUUUUUUUUUCUUUGGUCUACUUCUUUUUUCAGAUAAACCGUGCUGGGUUUCAGCUGACUACUCUAUGUUACAUAAACAUAAUAAUAUAAUGUUUUUGUCUGUAGAAAUCUUUUGGUUUUAUUUAGCCGUGAACAAUUAAAAAAACAAAACAAAUCAUGGUGACUGACAGAGUUCCAGUUACUGAAAGUCGUGACGAGAUACAAACAAACAACCUAGCUUGUCUCGCUGUCUCCGAUUCUGUGAGCACUUACACCUGCUGAUGACAUGGAAGUCCCUCUUCCCAGGUGCUGCCGCAAUGGGGUAUAAAAACAGCUGCAAUGCUCCAUCUCCAGCAUUUCCACCUGUCUCAUUCUCACUUUAUCUUCUCAGGCCUACAGGUCUGCAUUAGGAUCAGAGGAAAGCGCAACUAUCUGUAGUAAGAAGACAUGUCGGGGACUUCACAAGAGAGAUGGCCUUUGGUGGCGUGGAUCCUGAUCUUUGCAUGGGCGCCCUCGGUAUUGGCGAAAGUUUUGUGUCCGUAUGAGCGGUGCUCCUGUGGUGAAUUUUCCAUUUACUGCCAAUUUAAAGGCUUGGAUCAGAUGCCGCCCCUCAAACCAGGAACAAGCUACCCUCAACUGUAUCUUUAUUUUCGGGGUAACAACAUAUCAGUCGUCAAUGACUGUGAGUUGCCUCACAAUUUAGAAAGUAUAGAUUUCCGAGAAGAUUCCCUGACCACAAUCGCAGAUCACGCCUUCAAUUAUUCUGCCAAGAGUCUUAAGAGACUCACAUUCUGGUCCACUAAUCUGACCUCCCUACCGUGGGCCUUGAUGGACCUCAGUUCUCUCCAGUACUUGCGUUGGGACAAUAGUCAUGUCCUCACAUGGAACACAACUAUUCUGGCGAGCAUCGGAGCAUCGUUGAAAACUCUAAGUCUGUCAGAACUGACGAUGCCAAACUUUCCAUCACACUGGCUUAAGUUACUGCCAAAGUUGGAGACCUUUGAGAUGUCUGGGGUUGCUUUUGGACACCUGAGAAGUAAGCCACUGGACCCACCAGCCAGUCACAUUAAAUAUCUGACGAUCACAAGCUCCAACCUAACAAAUAUCCCACAAGAAGUCGUGGCUUUAAUCACAGAUUUGACCAGCCUCAAUUUGGAGUCAAAUUCAAUAAGCGAUCUCAGCAGCCUGAAAGAUUUAAAAGCCCCUCGCAAUGUGUCAGAGUUACGCAUGUACAGCAAUCACAUCCACAAUAUCGGCCCUCUGUUUAAUUUGACUGGUAUUGAGCGUCUCGAGAUAUCUUAUAACAGAAUAUGUGACCACAAGCACAUACAUCACGCCCUAAUACCCAACAAAAACUCUUUGAGAUCCCUCGAUCUCUCUUCCAACUGCCUUACUCAAAUACCUGACCUGCUAUAUAUGUCCGAAUUGAAAUAUUUAUAUCUGAGUUCCAACAAUAUUUCAACCCCAUCUUCGGGUUCGCUCCCUACGUCACUGAUAAACCUUGAUCUAGACGAAAACGUUAUGACAACUAUUCCAGAAUCUAUAUCAAAAUUGCCCAAUCUGUACAGUCUAGAUCUGAGCAAUAAUAAAAUCAAAUCUGUGGCAGACUUUGAGUUCCCGUCCUCGCUGGAUUAUCUAAAGAUCUCAGACAACGACCUAGAAGUAAUUCCCUUACUACAAUUUUCAAACAACAUGUCGAAACUAACGGACCUAGAUUUAUUAGGAAACCCAAUCAAAACAAUCGCAGACGACGCCUUCAGCAACCUCCAUGAGUUGAACAAUUUAGACCUGAGCUACACACACCUAGUCCGUUUACCCUCGGCUCUGUUGACACUAAACAAACUAAACUAUCUGUCUCUGCCCGACACUCUCACGUGUUCCUGUGAUGACAUGGCGUUCACGACUUGGUACCAGAAUCUGACAGAUCUGUACGGAAAAUGUAACGGUACUAAUCUAAGUCAUAUGUUACAUCAGCUCCCAAGCAAAUGCCCCGUGUCUUGAAUUGUCACUAGCAGUCUGUCACAUAAACUGUCGGUCUGUCUGUUUCCUUUUUUCCUUUCUCUCUCUCUCUAUCUAACA